AUGGCUAUCAACCUCAAGGACACCAGCAGCGGCUUCCGCCACAUGGUUGUGGUCAUGUUCAUCAAUGAGGAGGUCCUCAAGAAUGGCGGCAGGUCCGACUUCUACUCGGCCUGCCGCUCACUGCACUGGCCAGAGGUGGAGAACAGGCUCCAGGCCAUCUUGGGAGACCCGCGCUUGCCCCGCUCCACCAAGAGGGUGUGCGCUUGGAGCACGCUUGCUCUGGGGGUGCGAUUUGCUGCAAGGCAGCAGGCUAAGCAGAAGCAUCGGAUCAAGAAGCUGGAGAGUCAAGUGGUAAAGAGCGAGUGGACCCUGGCCAUGGAGCUGCAGAGGAUGCAAAAGGAGCAGGAGGAGUUGACCGUGCAGUUUCGCCACACCCUGGACGACCUGCAGCAGUCCCUGGAGGAGCGCCAGGUGAUUCUUAGGCGCCUGUUUGAGAGCGGGAAGUCGGCCCAGGGAGUCGUUAGGGAGAAUCAAGCCAAGAAGCAGUGGACCAACAGGUCACCCCAUGAAAGCAUGGAGCAAGGCGUGAUGGUGGCUGUUGGGGGAAAGGGCAUUUGUGGUGCUUGGGCGCAAACAAGCAAAUCAGGGCCACCUUUACCAGUCAGAAGCCCCGAGGCCCUGGGCAAGGGGCAUAAAUCCCUAUUUGCCAUUGUCUUACACCCUUAUUCAUACCCUGCACGGUUCUCCAUGGCAUGUCCAUACUCACCAUCUUGA